AUGGCCAAAAUCCAACAAGAUGUAAGGGACCAGAUGCUGGAGUCCCAAAGGAGUAUGAUGGAUCAAUUAACGCGUCUAUUGGCUGGUGGAUUAGAAAAAGGGAAAAGCCCCAUAAUCAAUAAUGGAGAUGACAACGAAGAUCCCGUCUACCCUCCGUGGUUUGUCCCAAGAGACGUUCGAGACACAACCCGAUGUGUACCCAAGAAGGCCAUCACCACAAUCGUGCCUAAACCAUUUCAAACCGUGUCUCGCACAGAUGAAUUAUCGACCGUUCGGGCUCCAAUCAGGGACAAUCCGACCAACCACGUGGUCCUCAAUCUCGAUGAAGAAAGUCUGGUUGGGGCCGCUUCUAGGUGGUACAACCAGCUGAGUCGUAACCAGAUCAGCUCAUGGAGGGAUUUAGCACAGGCCUUCAUGAAGCAUGCAGAAAACCCAUUACCGAAUCAUGGGGAUAAGGGUAUAAAUGCCAUAAUCGAGAGUUCAGGGAAGGAAAUUAAGAUGAAUGUUGCAGAAGUGAAUACCCCGUUGAAAGAAGUAUGGAAGAAAAUAGGGGAAAGAGGUUUGAUGGCGCAGAAUUCGGGGGUUAAGCCUCGAGAAGCGAAGAAUUAUUGUGAGUUCCACGAUCAAGAGGACCAUGAGAUCCAGAAAUGCAGCCAAUUCAGGGCUUUAGUACAAGGAUUGAUGGAUAAUAAGGAGCUGGAAUUCUUCGAAUAUGUCAAGAACCAGGAAGAAGUAGACGUAUGUGCCUCCGAAGAAGGGUCGACGAGAAACGCUUGCGAAAUCAACCACCCAUUGGUUAUCAUAUCACACUUAAGAACUAAUGAAGAUGGGACCCAAGUCACACCCAAAGUCGUGAUCCAGAAGCCCGUUGCUUUCCCUUAUAAAGAUAGCAAGAGGGUACCAUGGAAUUACAGCUGCAAUGUGACGAUCCCAGGAAAGAAGAGCCCGGCCAGUGCUUCACAAGAAAACCAAGAUGUAGGUUUUUUUACACGCAGUGGGAGACGUUAUGUUCCCGAAGGCACAGGAACCAAAAUUGUCAAAGAAAAGGUCCCGACAGUAGAGCAAAGGAAAGAAAAGAUGGUCGAGUUCGAAUCGCCAGUUAAUGAGUCAGUAACCGAGAAUGAAGCCAGGGAAUUCUUAAAAUUUUUAAAACACAGUGAGUACAGCAUCGUUGAACAGCUACAUAAGCAACCAGCUCGCAUUUCGGUGCUGGCCUUACUCUUGAGCUCAGAAACGCAUCGGAGUGCGUUAAUGAAAGUGCUGAACGAGACAUACGUCGCGCAUGACAUCUCUGUCAACAAACUAGACCGCCUGGUCAACAAUAUCAGCGCUGACAAUUUUAUUUUCUUUAACGACAACGAAAUACCACUAGGAGGCAUGGGGUCCACAAAGGCCCUGCACAUUACCACGCGUUGCAAGGGAUACACAUUACCGGGGGUACUGAUCGAUAAUGGAUCAGCACUAAACGUCUUACCCCUAUCCACACUGAAUAGGUUGCCCGUGGAUAGUUCCCAUAUGAAGACAUGCCAAAAUGUAGUAAGGGCGUUUGACGGUACUGAAAGAAACGUAAUGGGGAGGAUUGAAUUACCCCUUCAAAUCGGUCCUAGCACGUACGAGAUAGACUUCUUAGUAAUGGAUAUUAAACCCUCUUACAAUUGCCUAUUGGGAAGACCUUGGAUCCACUCGGCAGGGGCAGUGUCGUCAUCAUUACAUCAGAAGCUUAAACUUAUAACGGAAGGUCGAUUGGUGACCAUAAAUGCGGAGGAAGACAUCAUUGCAUCAUUACCGAGAACGCACCAUAUGUGGGGACGAUGA